ACACAAGAAGGCGGCCCCCCAUGGGAGGUAUGUAUGUAAGAACAGCUGAAGAAGCUGCCUACGCUCGCUCGGAUUCAGUUUCUACAACAUCUCUUUCUCUCUCUCUUUUAGCAGCUUCCACUUCCCUCUUUCUCAACUUGGGGCUGCAGCAAUUUUCUGACAAAUUUCCAUUUGGUUGGAAAUUUGAGAGAGAGAGAUAGAGAGGGUGGUGAGUAUUUUGUUUUAGAUGGAUGUUCUGGGUUCACUUCAAACGCUGGCCACUUGCAAAGAUGCAGCUGGAAUUGCUGGGAACAUCUUUGCAUUUGGACUAUUUCUAUCUCCUGUACCGACGUUCCGGAGAAUUAUCAGGAAUGAGUCAACAGAGCAGUUCUCAGGGUUGCCCUAUAUAUAUGCUCUCUUGAACUGCUUGAUCACUGCCUGGUAUGGUUUGCCUAUGAUAUCUUCCGACAAUUUACUCGUUACCACAGUCAAUUCAGUUGGUGCAGUUUUCCAAAUGGUCUACAUUAUUAUGUUCAUAAGAUAUGCUGAGAAAGCUAAAAGGUUGAGGAUGCUAGGAUUGCUCUUGAUGGUUUUUGGCCUGUUUGCGGUUAUUGCCAUUGGGAGCUUGCUCAUAGUCGACUUUGAAGCCCGUCAUUUGACGAUUGGAUUCAUAAGUUGCGCUUCCCUCAUAUCAAUGUUUGCUUCUCCGCUGUUUAUAAUUAAUUUGGUGAUCCGAACAAGAAGUGUUGAAUACAUGCCAUUUCAUCUUUCCCUCUCAACGUUUCUGAUGAGCACAUCUUUCCUCCUAUAUGGAAUCUUCAAUUUUGAUCCCUUUGUCUAUGUACCAAAUGGAAUUGGAACCCUUUUAGGAAUAAUCCAACUAUUUUUGUACUCAUACUACAAAAGAUCAUCAAGAGACAACUCCGGAGAACCCUUAAUUGUGUCUUACUCCUAAACCAAUGCAUGAAGAGGAACUGUAUUGUUCAUUUCCCUGUUUGUGAGGGAGGAUUUAGUACUAAAGCUCGGACACCAAUGAGAAGGGACGACAGUCAAAUUCAUGAAGAUGAUGGAACUUACAAGGACACAGUAUGUAACUUCCCACUCAUUCGACAUGUCUGUAUGCAUUUUUUGCCAUAAACUUUUGUCUAGUCAAUGCAUCCGGUUAACAUGAUUAGAAGGUUUUGGUGGUCCUGUCACUGUUCUUUUCAAAAUUUUCGUUGUAUGUUUAAGUGAUUUAGCAAUGUGAUUGGUAAAGGUUACAUGAAGAUAUAAAGUGGUGUUACGAGUGUAAGUUGCAAUAUGUAUAUGCUCACCCAAAAACUAGAAGACAUCACUUGUACUUAGGUUGUGAAGACCGUCUUCUAGUUUGUGGAGAGCUUACAUUGUAUUAUUCGACAAACGAACUUCCUCUGUCUUGAUGUUUCAUCUAUUAAUGAUUUUGGUUACUUCAGAAA